ACAUGGGACAGCAAGACUCGACACUGUGGAAGCUGUCAGUGGCCCUUAGUAACCCAACAAUAAGACAACAUGGAGGUUGGUGAUGACCAUGAGGCGGCGGGUUUUCCUGAAGCUAUCCACGCGGUUCAGACAGACUGGGGGCUUUUGGUGCGCAUCAAGCCUGUAUUGACGGCAAACUCAAAAUAUUUACUCACAGGCUCAGGGAAUUCUAUCAAGGUAUUUAGUACCACUAGCGGAAGCCUUCUGGAAGAACGUUGUUACCAUGAUGCUCAGGUUGUUGGGGUGAUAUCAUCAAAAACUAAAAAGGACCAGUUUAUAUCAUGUGAUGAAAAUGGUUUGGUGUGUUUCUGGUCUCAUCAGGAUAGGAAAUCCUUGGAGAAAUUCACCCUAUAUACCAAAGAAGAUAAGAAGUUUAGAAUUGCGUCAUUGCCUUUUUGUGGCAAGGGUGGAGAGCUGUUUAUAGUAACGCAGGAGGAGAAACAGCAGAAGGGACAGUUGCGCAAAUACUUUUAUCCAUACAAGCCUAAAAAGUUUGUUAUUAUUUCUAAAGAUGUUCCGCUGGAGCCAAACAAGAUUGCUGUGUCAGUAUCAGGGGAUCAUGUAGCGUAUGUAUAUCCAGAAGCACUUUAUGUUGUUGGAGGACAUACCCGAAGAAGACAUACAGUUGGCACUCGUUAUUUGACUUGUGUGACCUUCCACCCCUCACAAGAUGCACUAGCAACAGGGGAUAUCACUGGACGUAUUCUUAUCUGGUAUGAAAUCAAGAGUCCCAAACCAACAAAAAUGGAACUCCACUGGCAUUAUCUGCCCGUGGCUGAUCUUGCAUUUUCUGUCACAGGAAAAGAGUUGUACAGUGGGGGAGAGGAAAAAGUACUUGUGAAGUGGCAGCUUUCAGAAGAGAAACGGAGCUUCCUUCCUCGCCUGGGCAUGCAUAUCAGAUUUGUGGUUACAGAUAUUACAAACACUUACAUUGUAACAGCUCAAAAGGAUAAUGGUAUGCAGGACGGGUCAUUUUUCUUUUUUGACUGCACCAUGGAAAAACAGCUCUUCCAUUUGGAUAUAACAAUGAGCAAUUAUUAUAGUCGGGAGAGGUAUCAAAAAAUCUACAACACGGAUGUUGAGAAGCUUGCUGUGUCUCCAGAUGGGUGUUGGCUUGCCACUGUUGAGUAUAGAGAUGACCAUCAAAGCUCUAUGGAACUGCGCCUCAAAUUCUGGAACUUCAAAAAGGAGGACCAGAUCUGGUACCUCAACACCUCAAUAGAAAUGCCACAUGACAAGUAUAUCAACGGCAUUACAUUUCAGCCUACUCCAACACCAGGAAAAACAUCAUUGUGUAUAACUUGUGGAGAGGAUGAUAAGUUCAAGAUUUGGAAAGAAAUUGAUAACUCAGAUAUAUAUGGAAAAAAAAGUUGUUGGAAUUGCUGUGGUGUGGGAUCUUAUCGACACUUUCCAGCAACAGCAGUUAGUAUAUCCCCUGAUGGCUCACUCAUUGCUGCUGGUUUUGGGAGUAUUCUAACAUUUUGGCUUCCCACAACUUGUCAGCUUAAAGGCACUCUCUCUCAACCAUACCUCUCUGAGAGGAUAAAGCAGAUAGAAUUUGGUCGUGGUAAAGACUCUGGAUCCCUGAUUGUGACUCGCACAAAGAAUUGGGUGUGUGCCUGGGACCUGUUCAUGUGCACUCUCUCUUGGCGUGUUAGCAUCUGCUCCACAUGCUUAGCUGCUGAUCCUCUGUCCUCCUACAUGGCUGUAUUCUCGGAGAGCUGUGAUGUUUUUGUGUUUGAGCCACGAAGCAGUGAAUUGGUUUCAUGGCAAAACAACAUCGAUGUGUCCCCUGCUGUUUCUGCAGUAUUUGUACCACAUUUAAAGAAAUCAGAUUUAAAACCACUUUGGAAUGAACAAAGUGCCUUGAUAUAUAUAAAUAAAAAUCAGAUGCUUAAAAUGCUUGAAGUGAAUGUCGAUCUAAGUUCAGCGAAAGAUACGAUAGCAGGGCGGGUGAAGCAAUUAGUUCAGGACACUGAGGCACCUGUAGCACCCACCCCAUUUGCUGCUCUUGUCUCACAGACUUGCAUGUCCCAUAGUGAGAACAAGACCAGUCAAUCAGAUUUAGCUGCUUUUGGGGACCAGGUUGAAAAAUCUGCCAUUUUUAUACAAGAGGUUUUGAAUGAGGCACGGGUAUAUCGCCUUGACUCAUUUGCACACCUUACGUUGGAAUUCUGCAAGAGGAUCAUUCCUGAGGCAGUUAACAGUGAGGAAAAGCAAGAGAAUGAAGAUCUUGAUGCUAAACUGAAGGAAAGAGAAGAAUUUCAAAGAAAAACACAGAAGAAGAUUUUCAAAAGAAAAAGGAAAGACUUGCAAAGAGUUACGGACAGUGAUUUCAGCGAUCUCAUGAGUGUCUUAGCAAUAUAAAGGUUUGGAGAGUCGUCUGAACUGUGAUGUCAUUGCACUUCUGGCAAGAAAAUGAUUGAGCGAAUGAUGGUGAAAGUGAUCUUUCUUGUUGGGUCACCCUACCUCGGUGGGAGAUGGCUUAAAUGUUAAAAAUAAAAUAAAAUAAAU